AUGGCCCCUGAGCUAUCCUCAAAUUGGAAGAAGCUUCAGGCACAACUCAAAGCGGCCGGCCCAUCUUCUUCCGCAGCUGCACCAGCCAAGGCAUCUGGAGGCGUCAAGAGAAAGGCAGACACCUCAUCCUCAGACCACCAACAGUCCAAAAAAACUAAAAUAAAAUCGGACAAGAAGGAAAUACCCAAGGCCGCUCCAAAGACCACAAAAGAGAAGAACGGACGCAUGGGUGUUACUCAAAGCUCAAAGGUUGAAGUCGAACCCAAGGUCGGCCCGUCGCCAUCACUCGCUCUUUGGGCCGAGGAGAAUGAUAUCUCAUCGGAAGCACUAGCCGAGGCCUACGGUCUCGGCUUGAAGAACAACUCCAUGCUCGGAUCCGAAAAGGACAAGAUCAACUCUGGUCUCAUAGAAGGGCUCGAUGUCGGCAAGUACAUCGCCAUCGACUGCGAAAUGGUAGGUGUCGGCGACGGAGGAUAUGAAUCCGUUCUGGCUCGCGUGAGCAUCGUCGACUUCCACGGACGCCAAGUAUACGACUCAUAUGUGCGACCCCAAGAGCGGGUGACGGAUUGGCGAAGUGCUGUCAGCGGGAUCCUCCCCAAGCACAUGAGAUUCGCACGAGAUUUUGACGACGUCCAGAGGGAAGUCGCCGCGCUUCUCAAAGAUAGAAUAGUCGUUGCCCACGACAUAAAGCACGAUUUGGAUGUCCUGAAAUUGAGUCAUCCGAGUAAAGAUAUUCGCGAUACAGCCAAACACCCAGCGUUUCGGCAGUACAGCAACGGCGGAAAGCCAGCACUGAGGAGACUCGCGGAGGAGUUACUCAAGGUCACCAUCCAAGGCGGUGCUCAUUCGAGUAUCGAAGAUGCGCGGGUGACGAUGCUGUUAUUCAGGAAACACAAGUCCGCAUUCGAUGUUGAUCACGCCAACCGCUUUCCUCGAUUUGGAGGCGCUUCGACGAAUUCGAAACCAAAGUCUAAUAAGUCCAAGAAAAAGAAAUGA